AUGCAAGAGACGAAAAUCCAGCGAAAAGACUUGCAAGAUGACAUGGUUCUGGUGCCAGGUUGGGAUGUCUUCUUUAGCUUGCCAAAGCACAAAAAAGGUUCGGUCCAUUCGGAUGCCCCUGCAGUUAGCAUCGACGGUUUACUCAUCAUCGCAGGAUAUUCUGGCGUCGCCAUUUAUACUCGCAAUGCAUCAUGUGCGCCCAUUCGUGCUGAAGAGGGAAUUACCGGUGUACUUUGUCCUCCCAAGUCUGCAACCAACUUCCGGGAUCUACCUUCAGACCAACAGAUCGGCGGUUACCCUCGCCCCGGUCAGCUCUCGGGCAUUGUAGAAGACACGGUACUUGACUCCGAAGGCCGCUGUGUCAUUCUGGAGUUCCCAGCGUUCGUGCUACUUGGUGUUUAUUGUCCAGCUAAUCGAGACGAAAGUCGAGUCGAGUUUCGCACCAGCUUUUUUGAGGCCUUGGAUGUUAGAAUACGGAAUUUAGUAGCCGAAGGAAAGGAGGUUAUUCUCACGGGUGAUCUAAACGUAAUUCGGUCAGAAGUGGAUUCAACGAACGUGAUGGAGAACCUGCGCAAGGAAAAUAUGACAAUUGAUGAAUGGAUUUCACUCCCAACGCGACGAAUCUUCAACCAACUCAUAUUUGAAGGCAAUAUUGUCGGCGAUCGCGACGAGGGCCGACAGACGCCAGUUUUAUGGGACCUUUGUCGUUGCUUUCAUCCAGGUCGAUUAGGAAUGAACACGUGCUGGGACACAAAAAAAAACACUCGGCCAGCCAAUAAUGGCAGUCGUAUAGACUACAUAUUAUGUAGCAACGGCAUUAGGGAUUGGUUUACUUCAGCCAAUAUCCAAGAAGGCCUGAUGGGCUCCGAUCACUGCCCUGUUUUUGCCACAAUCGCUGGCACCAUUGCCAGGAACGGCAGUCAGGUUAGCCUUAGCGAUGUUAUGAAUCCCGCAGGGGUGUUUCAAAAUGGCACAAGGGUGCGGGAGCUGGCACAGAAGGAUAUCUUACCGCUAUCUGCAAAGCUUAUUCCCGAAUUUGAUCGCCGCCAGAGCAUCAGAGAUAUGUUCUCAAGAAAGGUCACCAGUGCGGAAAGAAGCACAACACCGCACAAUUCGGGAUCUUCCAGCUUCCCUGCAGAAGACGCGAUUCAAGCUAGCGAUAAUGAUGCUUCGAGCCAAGUAAAGGUGAAUACCAACACAUUAACCGAUAAACCGGCGGCGUUACCACAUUCACAGCCACGCAAGAGGUCUCCUGACCCAAUCGACUCCGUGCCAAGGCAACUAAAGAGAAGCAAAUCCGGAGCGGAUCCCAUUGGGUCUAGGCAAAAGAUCUCAGCGGGACAAACUACACUGAAGGGAUUCUUCAAACCCGUUGGCUCGGCGCCCCCUUCUAUAGCUGUGUUGGCAGAUCCAGAAGCACAAAGCAGUGUUGCGCAUCUCCCCGCUGCGAAAAACCCGCCUUCUACAAAAGGAAGCUCCGACAAACUUACAUCAAAGGAAUUCGUGCCACCAAUCUCCGAGCAGCCAGUUCAUGAUAGUUUUGUUGACACAGCCCCAAAAUCACCCGACAGAGUGUUCGACCCUAUUCAAGCCAAGGAGUCCUGGUCCAAGUUACUGGGCAAACGAGUUGUCCCUCGAUGCGAGCACGACGAACCAUGCAUUAGCCUGGUUACCAAAAAACCUGGCGUGAACCGAGGCCGAUCAUUUUAUAUUUGUCCCCGCCCUCUUGGGCCCUCUGGAGAGAAGGAAACGGGGUCUGAGUGGCGAUGUGGCACCUUCAUAUGGAGCAGCGACUGGAACGGGACGUCGUCGUCGCAGUCAUAG